UCCCGCGGAUGACGGAUGUUUACCCGCAGGGUGCGCUCGGACGGUCCCUACCCCCGGGAGGGAGGAGACACCGAGGGGGAGGUCUCUCUCCCUCCGCCCUCCGCCCUCCGAUCCUCCCGGCCUCCCGAGCGAGGAGGAAGUCAGAGAACAAAAGAGGAGCGAGCAGCGGAGGGAGAGGCCGGCGGAGGGGCAGCGAUAGCCCCAGAGUGUUUCCGGCCCUCCCGGAGCCUCAAGACGCUGACGAAGGCUUCCCUCACCGCUCUGAUGUCGGCUGCAGGUUAUCCAACGGGACCUUCGCCCUACCCUGUGGGGCAACCCACAGGGUACCCAGUGCCACCGUAUGGUUACCCGCAGCCCGGGUACCCCCCCCAGGAUCCCAACCAGCCUCCCCCUCCCGGCUUCCAUCCUUACCCUUCUCCCCCGCCAGGCACAAUGCCCUACCAUGGUGGCCCGCCAAUACAGAGUCCGCCAGCGGGCGCACACCACAGGCAUCACGAAGAGGACCCCGGCAUCGUCCAGGCCCCCCUGAUGGGCAGCACCAACUGUCCGCCUGGACUGGAGUACCUGACACAGAUUGACCAAGUCCUUAUUCAUCAGAAGGUGGAGCUGGUGGAAGCUCUCGUGAGCUUUGAGACCAAGAACAAGUACGUGGUCAAGAACAGCCUGGGCCAGAAGAUCUACAGUGCCAAGGAGAAGAGCAAUUGCUGCACACGCAACUGCUGUGGCUCCCUGCGAUAUUUCCACAUGAAGCUAAUGGACAACAACGACAGAGAGGUCAUCCACCUCGUCCGGCCCUUCAAGUGUGCCAGCUGCUGGUUCCCCUGCUGCCUCCAAGAGCUGGAGGUCCAGUCGCCCCCGGGGACCACCAUCGGCUACGUGAAGCAAACCUGGCACCCGUUCCUGCCCAAAUUCUCCAUCCAGAAUGUGGAGAGGGCGACGGUCCUACGAGUGGUUGGUCCCUGCUUCACCUGUAACUGCUGUGGGGACGUCGCCUUCGAGGUAAAGCCUCCCAAUGAAUCUCGGAAUAUUGGCCGGAUCAGUAAGCAGUGGAGUGGCAUAUUGAAGGAGGCUCUGACGGACACGGAUAAUUUCGGCGUGCAGUUCCCCAUGGACCUGGACGUGAAGAUGAAGGCCACGCUCCUGGGAGCCUGCUUCCUCAUCGAUUUCAUGUUCUUUGAGCGAGGACAGAGCAGCAAACAGCGGGCCGGAGUGUUUCAGUAAGCUCCGCUCUGCCGUGUGGACCCACACAGAAGGCCGGGAGGAGUGUGUCCUUCUGCAGAGAUCCUCACUUGGACUGGAGGCGAUGGAAGGCAGCACGCCGUCACCAGCCUACAGUUCAGAACAGUUUACACAAAAGCCAGGCGCGAUCCUGUUGUGGGCCGGGAUCGUUCUUGUCUUUCGGAGGGAGGGUAGCGGGAGAGCGCUGCGGGGUAUCUAACCAUUCAGCUGCUGAUAUGGAACUGGCUUAGCCAAGGCCACCUCCCUCAGCCACUCUGGUUACUGCCACUGCCCCCCUCGUGACCGCCUCCCACCCCCAAAUAUUAAUCGCUAAACCUCCAUGUGUGAUUGUCAUUCCCAGAGGAGGACCCUUCUCCCCAUCAGAUCCCAAGGGGCAGAACUGGAGACGCUUCCACCAGCGGGAGAAGCUCGAACGAGGGGACAGUGUUACAGGAAUAAGACCAUAAGAUAUAGGGUCAGAAUUAGGCCAUUUGGUCCAUCGAGUCUGCUCCACCAUUUCAUCAUGGCUGAUCCAAUUUCCCUCUUAGCCCCAAUCUCCUGCCUUCUCCCCACAUCGCUUCAUGCUCUAGCCAAUCAAGAAUUUACCAACCUCUGCCUUAAAUAUACAUAAAAACUCAGCCUCCACGGCUGCCUGGAGGAGGUUGUCAUCAUUUUAUACUGAAGUUCGGAACCCUGCUGGCAGGGGGGUGGGGAAUGACCAAAUAAUCAGGGGAUCGAAGCAGUGGGGUUCUGGGGCCAAGGAAGAGACGUGGACUGGGCACGGUACAGCAGCAACAAUAUUGCUGUGUGUCAGGGCAGGUUAGAAGGGCUGAGUGGCCUGCUGCAAUGUUCCCGCGCUCCCUCCCCUCCUCUGCGGACUGGUAGGGACCGCACUAACCUUCGGCCUGAAGUUUACGAUCACCCACUCCGCAGGCGGUGAUGCAGGACUCAAGGGUGCAGGGCCAAGUACAGGAAGGGAGGGUGGGGAAAUGAUAAGGCCCACGCCAUACACUCCUCACCCCCCAUCCACCAUGCUCAGCUGGGCUGGGGGCCAGAACUGGUUCAGCUGCUCGACUGGAGAUGGAGGUGCCCAGCACUGCCUGCUCAGCGGCUGGAGCGAUGAGGAGGGUAAACAUAGCACGGUGUGUCUCGCUGAGGUCAGUGUAAGGGUUAAUCGCUGUACAGUUAGAUUGUCAGAAAGGGUUAAUCACAUUACUGUACAAUUAGUUUAUUGGUAGUGUAAGGGUUAAUUACUGUACAGUUUAUUGGACAGUGUAAGGGUUGAUCCCUCUAGAUUAUGUGACCCCUCGUUCUGGACUUCUCCAACAUCGGGAACAAUCUUCCUGCAUCUAGCCUGUCCAAUCCCUUUAGGAUCUUAUACGUUUCAAUCAGAUCCCCCUCAAUCCCAGAGGGAUGGGAACCAGUGCAGAGAGACAGAGGGGUGUAAAGUGAGCGUAGAAGCAAAAAGUACAAAGGAGAAAAGUAAAAGUGGCAGGAUGACAAAUCCAGGGCAAGCAUUAAAAAGGGCUAAGAGAGUUGUAAAAGAGCGCCUGAAGGCUUUAUGUGUCAAUGCAAGGAGCAUUCGUAAUAAGGUGGAUGAAUUGAAAGUGCAGAUUGUUAUUAAUGAUUAUGAUAUAGUUGGGAUCACAGAGACAUGGCUCCAGGGUGACCAGGGAUGGGAGCUCAACGUUCAGGGAUAUUCAAUAUUCAGGAGGGAUAGACAUGAAGGAAGGGGAGGUGGGGUGGCGUUGCUGGUUAAAGAAGAGAUUAACGCAAUAGAAAGGAAGGACAUAAACCGGGAAGAUGUGGAAUCGAUAUGGGUAGAGCUGAGGGGCAGAAGACGCUGGUGGGAGUUGUGUACAGGCCACCUAACAGUAGUAGUGAGGUCGGAGAUGGUAUUAAACAGGAAAUUAGAAAUGUGUGCAAUAAAGGAACAGCAGUUAUAAUGGGUGACUUCAAUCUACAUGUAGACUGGGUGAACCAAAUUGGUAAAGGUGCUGAGGAAGAGGAUUUCUUGGAAUGUAUGCGGGAUGGUUUUUUGAACCAACAUGUCGAGGAACCAACUAGAGAGCAGGCUAUUCUGGACUGGGUUUUGAGCAAUGAGGAAGAGUUAAUUAGCGAUCUUGUUGUGAGAGGCCCCUUGGGUAAGAGUGACCAUAAUAUGGUGGAAUUCUUCAUUAAUAUGGAGAGUGACAUAGUUAAUUCAGAAACAAAGGUUCUGAACUUAAAGAGGGGUAACUUUGAAGGUAUGAGACGUGAAUUAGCUAAGAUAGACUGGCAAAUGACACUUAAAGGAUUGACGGUGGAUAUGCAAUUGCAAGCAUUUAUAGGUUGCAUGGAUGAACUACAACAAUUGUUCAUCCCAGUUUGGCAAAAGAAUAAAUCAAGGAAGGUAGUGCACCCGUGGCUGACAAGUGAUUCUGCACCUAUUUUCUAUGUUUCUAUUACUGUGCAGUGUAAGGGUUAAUCACUGUCACUAUACAGUCAGUUCAUUGGGCACUAUAAGGGUCAAUUGAGCAGUUGGACAGUGUGUGGGUUAAUUACUGUACGGUCUCUAUCUGGCAGUGUGAGGGUUAAUUACUGUUUGGUUUAUUGGGCAGUGUGGGGGGUGAGUCACUGUACAGUCCAUCUGGCAGUGUGAGGAUUACUGUACAGUUUAUUGAGCAGUGUGAGGGUUAAUUGCAGUACGGUUUAUUGUGCAGUGUAAGGGUUAAUCACUGUCACUGUACAGUCAGUUCAUUGGGCACUAUAAGGGUCAAUUACUGUACGGUUUAUUGGUCAGUGUGAGGGUGAGUCACUGUACGGUUUCUAUCUGGCAGAGUGAGAGUUACUCACACAGAAUGGCUAUUUGUUCAGUUGUGUGGGCAGUGUAGGGUUGAAUUCCCACAGGCAGUGAACCAGCACCACCACGCUCUUUGAAGCUCCACAUUAAAGCAGCUGUUUUGCAACGCAGGGCCCUGGUUCACCCACUCCUGAAGGGUGGGUGGGGGGGGGGCGCGGCCUUUGUCCUGCUGAGAGUUAAAAUCCGAAGUUGGAGCCUCUCACUCCUCGGUCCAGUUCCAGUGAGUGGUGGGCGCAGAGGACAUCACGGUGCACAGAACUGGAGUGGGAACAGACUCCCCCAUCCCGAUCUCCCAGUGAGCAGGGAGCCUCACAAGUGGUUCAAGCAGUGGGCCUUCCCUCUGUGUGUGAGGAGACAUGAACAAUCUCCACCCUUAACCCUUGAGCUCCAUCCCAAGGGUGAAUCCCGACAUAGCGUCUGCCACCAUUGCCUCGGAGCCCCAGAGACUCCAGUUUGAUCCUAACCCCCGCUACGGUGUGUGUGUGGUUUGCGUGUGUGUGUGUGUGUGUGUGUGUGUGUGUGUGUGUGUGUGUGUGCACGUGUGUGUGUGGUUUGUGUGUGCGCGUGUGUGGUUUGUGUGUGGUUUGUGUGUGCGCGUGUGUGUGUGUGUGUGUGUGUGUGUGUGGUUUGUGUGUGUGUGUGUGUGUGUGUGUGUGUGUGGUUUGUGUGUGUGUGUGUGUGGGUGUGUGUGUGUGUGUGGUUUGUGUGUGUGUGUGUGUGUGUGUGUGGUUUGUGUGUGUGUGUGUGUGUGUGUGUGUGUGUGUGUGUGGUUUGUGUGUGUGUGUGUGUGUGUGUGUGUGUGUGUGUGUGUGUGUGGUGUGUGUGUGUGUUUGUGUGUGUGUGUGUGUGUGUGUGUGUGUGUGUGUGUGGUUUGUGUGUGUGUGGGUGUGUGUGUGCGCGCACGUGUGUGUGUGCGUGUGUGGUUUGUGUGUGCGUGUGUGUGGUUUGUGUGUGUGCGUGUGUGUGUGUGUGGUUUGUGCGUUCUCUCUGUGACCCCCGCAUGUGCCCUUUUCUUCCCUCAUCCCAACAACGUGCAGGGUGGGGAGUGUUGGGUUAAUUGUCCCCCUAGGUGUAAGUGGGAGGUAGAAUCCGAGGGGAACUUAACAGGGAUGCAGGGAGACUGGUUACAGAGAAAUCAGUGUUGAAUCUGAUUGAUAAGGGCCAGCACAGACUCAAUGGGCCAAAUGUCCUCCUUUUAUGGUGUAAGAGCCAAAUUAAAUGAAGCAUGAAAUCCCUCAAUCCACCACCGUUUACUGUAUAAUCACCAAUUAUGGUGAUUUUUCUCUAUUUUCUGAGUGAACAUUUUUUGACAUUUUUCAUUUGUGUCUUCACCCCACCCCACCCACCUCUUUUCCCCACCCUGCAGUCUGUCGUCAGUAUACUGGUCACCCUGCACGCUGGUUAAGGCUCAAGCCUGCAGCUCUCCAACACUGACCUAUUCUAGCUGUGUGGUUUAAACCUGGAGGGAGAACUUGGUGGGGGAAGGAGAGGGGCGAAGGAGGAGUCGGAGGGGAAGUGAGAGGGAGAGUUUGGGAGAGGAUGGGGGGCAGGGUGAGAAUGUGGCAGGAGGGAAAUCGAUGAGCAGAGGAGCAGAAUGCAGCAAGGGGCUUGGCCGCUGUCCCCAGCCAAUAGACCAUGAACAACGCACACAAGGUGCUGGAGGAGCUCGGCAGGUACCUGCUGCCUGACCUGCUGAGUUCCUCCAGCAAUUUGUGUGUUGCUCUGGAUUUCCAGCAUCUGCAGAACCUCUAGUGUACUUUCAGACUAUGGGCAGGAGGGGAGAUGACGAGCACUCACUAUCACACCCUGUCCAAGUGAAUCUCCCAUCUUCUGAUACAGAUCCCUCUGCACAUUCCCAAUCAGACUUUCCCCUGGCCCUUACUGUCCACAUUUUCAAAAUAAGGCUGAUUCCGUUGAGUGGAGCAGUGGCCAUCGCCCUGGGUCAAGGGGAACGUCUAAGCCCCAUAUUCCAAAUUUCCGAGCUCUGUUUGAAUGGAGGUCUGAGCGUCUCCACCGGACCACGACACGCCAUUGACACUCGACUCCAGAUAAGGCGUGAUAUUGGGGUUCCAAGCAGCUCACAGUUAUUGAUCAAACCCCCUCGCUGGAAGUGGGCAUGGACUCUGAUUGGCUGUGUCCAGCCUCCCCGCUCACGGUAUUGGAUGUUCCACAUGUCCACGCACUUUCCUGCUGCCCGUGGGAAUGCCACCAUUAUCCUCAUUGCAUCAUUCUUGACAUUUAAAUCAUUGGAUAAUAAAUAAUUCGUCAUUGAAUGAUUCUCGACAUUUAUUUCCUCCAAGGUUUUUCUAACUAAUAGCACUACAGAAAAUUCAUAGUGACAUAGAAUGUGGAACAGGUCCAGCAGCCUAACUGUUUCAUGCAAGAUGCCUCAUCCAAGCCAGUCCCAGUAGGCCCUUCCCCUCCUUCCCUAUCCAUGUACCUGUCCAAAUAUCUUUUAAAUAUUGUCCACCAUGACUUCUGGCAUGUACUGACCACACUCUCUGUGAAGUCUUUAAAUCCUUCCCUUCUCUUUAAACCUCUGUAACCUCUAAUUCUUGAUCCCCAUAACCCAUGGGAAAAGGAUGGUGACCAUCUGUCUGUGCUAUCCAUAACCUUAUUCUGUAAAGUCAACCCUCGGCCUCCUGCACUCCAGGGAAAACGGUCCCAGCCUAUUCAGUCUCCCCUUAUAAGCCUUCUAGUCCUGGUGACAUCUUCAAGAAACUCUUCUGCACCCUCCCUACCUUAAUCAAUUCCUUCCUGUGCACACAGUACUCCGGAUUCGAUUCUGAGUCACUCCUCAUGGAGUUAUACAGCAGGGGAACAGGCCCUCUGGCCCAACUGGUCCCUGCUGAUGAAAAUGCCUAUCUAGGCCAGUCCCAGUUGCACAAUGCCCCACUCAACCAUUCCAAUCCAUGUACCUGUCCAAGCGUCUUUUAAACAUUGUUAACCUCAACCACGUCCUCUGGCUGGUUGAUCCAUUCACUGGGUGAAAAAGUUGCUCCUCAGUAUCUCUCCCCUCACACAUUAAACUAGUGCCCUCUAGUUCUUCAUUCCCCAACCUUGGUGAUCCUGUCUAUACCCCUCAUUGCUUUGUACAUCUCUGUAAGAUGGCAGGGUAGAGAUACAUCUCUACCAAAGGAGAUGCAAGGUGUUCCUUCCCUCCGCUGGCCUGUAGGUCACCCUUGGGGAAAGUGUAGCACCUGCUUAACCCUCCCCCAUGGAUCAGGGUCACGUGAAGCCAUGGGAGCAGGUGGUGGAUGGUCGUACGAGCAGCCGGUACAAAUCACAAGUCCUGGUUGUGUGACCACUGACACCAGGCAGACAAUCCCUGAAGAGUAUUGAUAAUGGCUGGGGUCACCUGUCUUGUAAAGUCACUGCCCAGAAGAAGGCAAUGGCAAACCACUUCUGUAGAAAAAUUUGCCAGCCACAGUCAUGGUUAUGGAAAGAUCAUUAUGAUUGGACACAGAUUCAUAAACUCAUCCACAGAUCAUUGGACACUAAGACAUGCUCACACAACCUGCCAUACACAAUGCUUUGCACUUUAAUGCAUGCAUCCACACUCUCUCUGUCACACACACACACACACAGGCAAAGACCCAGACACACAGACUGUGCCCCAGUGAGUGGGGAGAGCGUCAAUCAUCACCUGCUGAUCCAGACACUGAACAGUCAGACCACAGAGAGUUGAAAAGUUACUGUACAAACAGGCAGGAUUGCUUUUCUCUGAUUCUAUCUGAUGGGGCGGGUGGGGGGGGGGCUACACCUCAAGGAAGGAGAGGGUACUCACCAGUUGCUGGGACCUAAAGGGUUAAACUGCAGACCCAAGCUGGGUUGAUGUCUCACGUGAACAGAUUCCCCUCAAUGUUGUACUGAAGACACACGCCAUCGUCUUCGGCGGUUGGGGAAAUAAUGGUGGCCUUGCUGGUGAAGUCCACGUCAAGGAAUCCAGCCAAGUGAUGGAAAGGGUUUCUUCUCCUAAAACCUCCUUAGAACAACAUCACCCUUUGAGCUGUCUGUCCACGCCUUCAGCACCUUCCUUUCUCGUUGGUCAGUUCCAGAUCAGAGGGGACAGAUUUAAAAGGGACAUCAGGAGCAGCUUCGGCACACAAAGGGUGGUGUGUGUGGAUUGAUCUACCAGAGGUGGCAGUUGAGGCGAGAACAUUAGCAACUUUAAAAAAAACUAGAUAGGUACAUGGAUAGGAGAGAUCAAGAGGUCCAUGGGUCAAAUGCACACAGGUGGGAGCAGUUCACUGGGAAGGAGAGUCAAUAUGGAUAGGAGAUAUCUCGAGGUCCAUGGACUGGUGGGGCCAGUUCACUGGCAACAGAGUCAGCCUUGACCAGUACAUGGAUAGAUCUAGAGCAUUGGUCCCCAACCACCGGGCCGCGAGGAAACGAUAUGAUUUGGCGAUAUGAAAUGAUGAGUCAGCUGCACCUUUCCUCAUUCCCUGUCAUGCCCACUGUUGGAACUUGAACGCACGUGAGGUCAUUACAUAAGGAACCCCCUUCGAGUACCGCUGUCUCCCAUCACCCCUCGAUGGGACCAUCUUAUUGCAGGGAAACAAGCCCAGGGCUCCCACUGAUUCAGCGAUAUUGGUGUGUUGCAAUGAUUUUAUAUGUUCAUAUGAGGAAAAUAUGUGCUGUGUGUUUAAUAGUCAAAUGUUACUUAAAAUGUUAUGAUGCUAUUGACUUAUACAAAUGAUUUAUAAUUGAAUUAUCACUAUUCAUGCGAGGAAAAUAUGUGCUGUUUAAUAUUAAAUUCAUUAGAUAAACCCUUUUAGAAAUGAAAUUGAGUGUAUUAGCCACUUAUAAGUGAUUUAUACUUGACUUAUCACCUAUAUUCUGGUCGGGAUUAACACCCCACCCCCACCCCCGGUCGGCCAGUCCACAAGAAUAUUGUCAAUAUUAAACCGGUCCGUGGUGUAAAAAAGGUUGGGGACCCCUUAUCUAGAGGGACAUAGGCCAAGCAUGGGCAGGUGGGGUUAGUUCACUGGGCAACAGAGUCAGCCUUGACCAGUACAUGGAUAGGAGAGAUCUAGAAGUCCAUGGGGCAAACAUGGGCAGAUGGGGCCAGUUCACUAGCCACAAGAGUUAGCAUGGACCAGAACAUGGAUAGAAGAGAUCUAUAGAGCUAUGGCCAAAUAGAUCUACAAGACUACGGAAACACCCUCCUUAAAUUUCUACCUAUUUCUCCCUCUCUCCCUUCUUAAAAAUACUCCUUAUAAUCUAACACUGUCCUGAUGAAGGGUCUCAGCUGGAAAUAACGACUGUUAAUCUCUCUCCAUAGAUGCUGUCUGACCUGCUGAGAUCCUCCAGCAUUUUGUGUGUUGUUCUGGAUAUCCAGCAACUGCAUUUCUCUUGUCUUUUUGUAGUGUCCAGGACUGCUUGGUACUGUCUAUUCCAGCGACGACAUAAGUUCAGGAUUUGGUGAUGUGAGGGAAAGGCUGUAGGUAGAUUUACUUUGUUUAGUUUUUCUUUCUGUCAUUCUAAUUUCACAUUUAGAGCAAUGGGGAUGCCAGGCAAGGUACUGGAGGGAGGAGAAGAUGGUAGCGCGACGCAGUGCGCGCGGCCAUUCCGAAUGAUAUCGUAUGUGUUAACUGGGGGCCGUCCACAAUCCUGAUUUGAGGGAAACAACCGUGAGAAGCACGGAGGAACAUCUGGAGAAACUUCCGAAAUGCCUGCUUCGCUGUCGCUGCAACUGUGCGAUCAAGGAUCUCCGGAGAGAAGGCUCCAAAUCCUUGGCUUUGCCUAUUGCCUGUUGCUGGGGCCGGGGUCGAGGCGCUCGGCAGAGAUGGUGCUCGGUGCUCGGUGUCGGAGAGCUGGUCGGAGGCUCAGAGUUUUCAGACUGACUUGGAGUCGGACUGUGGUCGGAUGCUUCCAGGAUGCUGCAUCGGUAAGUUGGCGGCGCUGGAGGUUCACCGUCUGCGUGAGAUGAUGGGACUUUCGAGAGACUUUGAGACUUUUACCGUGUCAUGGACUGUUCUUUAUCAAAUUACGGUAUUGCUUUGCACUGUUGUAACUAUAUGUUAUAAUUAUGUGGUUUUUGUCAGUUUUUCAGUCUGUUUGUCAUGUGUUUCUGUGAUAUCAUUCUGGAAGAACAUUGUAUCAUUUCUUAAUGCAUGCAUUAUUAAAUGACAAUAAAAGAGGACUGCAUGUCCUCAUAA